AUGGAGCAUCUAGACGGCUUUUUCGCAUUUCUUCGAGGCCAGAACGCUGCUGGGGCAGCUCGGGAGAUUUGCAUCGCAUACGGAGAAGAUGCUAUAGCCGAGUUUACAACACGUAAAUGGUUUGCAAAGUUUCAGAAUGGCGAUUUUGACUUGACACGAUCUGCCGAUUUUUGGCGAAAUGCCAUGCCAAAUUGGUCGAGAGGUGGGAAGAGAUAG